AAAACUAACGCCUAGUCGCAGCCUGAGUCUAAACUGAGAGAGGCCAGCGCACAGUGGGGCAAAAUGUAAUUAACUAAAAAUGAACGCAAUGCAACUAAAACUACUAACCCGAACCGACAGACGCUUAACACGUAACUAGAGACGCGGCCAACUGCUCAUCCGCUAACCCGCUCAACCGCUCAGCCGCUCAACCACUCAGCCGCCGACCCGUUCCGAACCCGCUGCGAAGUGAAGAGUGCGCAAUGGCCGGGCCACAGGUGCAGCACACGCAACGACCGAACAGCGCCUACUACACCGGCCUCAAUGGCAGCGGUGGCUCUGCUGGUGGUGGUGGUGGUGGGGCUGCCUCUGGCGCUGGGGGCAUGGCCAGCAGCGCCUCACAUACGGGCUUGGGAUUGCAUGCACUGCGCCAGGUGUCCAACGAAACGGAGCUUAUAUAUCGGGGCAGUCACAGCAAUGGCACCGUGAACGAGUUGCCCGGCGCCGGCAAUGGUGGCGGGCAGGCGACACGCCAGCUGGCCAGCAACAUGGGCCACAGUCGCAUCAUACAGCACCAGCCGGCGCACAGUUCGCGUGACAACGUCGUGAGCAGCAUUGCGGGCACGGGCAACUUGGCGACGGAUGCGCUCAUUGGCACGAUUGCCACCAGCGCGGGAGCUGGCAGCAGCAGCAGCGCCUUGGCGGCAUUUAACAGCAGCAGCGGUGCAGGCGGUGGUGGCAGUGGUGGCGUCGUUCUCAAAAAGUCCAGCACACAGCGCAGCAUUGAGAUCAUUGUGGAUGCCACGCAAUGCGGCAAGGAGACGGCAGACGCCGACGAUGUCGAACAGGGCGAAGGCGGCGGCCAGGAGUCCUCGUCCUCAGUGCGCAAGUCCUCGCGUCAUCGCCAUCGGCCACUGCAUCGACGCCUGAUCAGCUAUCUGCGCAAUCUGUUCCAGGGCAGCGACGCACAGAAUGAUUCCGAACUAGAAGAAUUCGAGACGCCGGCUCGCUACAGACCAGACUCGCUGAGCGCCCUGAGCCGGGCCACCCGCUUCACAGAGGACGAGAUCAAACGAAUUUAUCGGGGUUUUAAGGCUGAAUGCCCCACGGGCGUGGUCAAGGAGGACACCUUCAAAGUGAUCUAUUCGCAGUUCUUUCCACAGGGAGCGAAUCCAACAUUAUACGCACAUUAUGUAUUUAAUACCCUGGAUCAGGAUCAUAGCGGCAUUGUCAGCUUUGAGGACUUCGUUCAAGGACUUUCGAUACUGUCGCGCGGCUCGGUGGAGGAGAAGCUACGCUGGACAUUCUCGCUGUACGACAUCAACGGCGACGGCUUCAUUACGAGGGAGGAAAUGACUGACAUUGUGACUGCCAUAUACGAGCUAAUGGGUCGACUGCCGGACGAGUGUCCCGAGGAGGAGAAGAUCAAGGGCAAAGUGGAGCAAAUCUUUCAGAAAAUGGACAUCAAUCGGGAUGGCGUUGUGACGCUAGAAGAGUUUUUGGAGGCCUGCCGGAAUGAUGAUGCCAUAUCCAGAUCGAUGUCUUAUACGGUGCGGCGACUGCGACGUAGCCGGAGUCAGCAGCAGAAACAAAAGCAACAGCAGCACAGCAAACAGCAAAUGGAAACUGAGAAACGUAAGUCAAACUACAAGAUGAAACAACAACAACAACAACAACAACAACAACAACAAGAACAAAUGCAACAAAUACAUAGCACAAGACACCAGGCGGCAGCCAAGUGCUGUCAUGUCAUUGACAUCGAUGGCGCCAGCACAACAACAAUAACAACAACAACAACAACAGCAACAACAACAACCAACUGCACUAGCAACAACCACAACAACUACAAAACUAAUCACAGGCCACGAGCGCUGAAAAAGCGCGUCAUCGAUGACUCCGAUGAGGAUGAGGACGACAACCACAACGACGACGAUGAUGAUCACGAUGAGGACAAUGACGACGACGACGAUGAUGGCAAUCAAUCCAUGUGCCGGCACUGCCAACGACCCCAAACGGAGCUGCAUUCGCGCCAGUUGCCGGCGCUGCGUCUGCGCAAAGCCCAGUCGAAGUCGCGACAGCGCAAGCGCAGCAAGAGCAGGCAGCGCCAUCAUCAGCAUCAGCAUCAGCAUCAGCAUCUGGAUGCACGUGCCAAGCCGCGCUGGCCGGAGUUGAGCGUUGCCAAUGAGCUGGCCAUACGCUUUCGCUGUCCGCAGGUGGGGCCGCAGGUGGGUCGCGAUCUGCAUACGCCGCAGCCCAUGCAUUUCCAUCAUCCCCAGCAGCUGGGCCAGGGUCAGCACCAGGCGCCGCCCAAGCCGGCCAAAAGUAAAAGCAAGCACAAGCAGCGCAUGCAGCGUAAGCAAGCGCAGCUAGCAGCUGCACCACCCAAAGCAGAUGUUGCAGCAGCAGCAGCUGCGGCAGUAACGCCUGCACCACCUGCCCCGCCACUGCCGCCGCCCAACGGCCUUGUGGCGCAACCCUUGGAUAGCAAUGAGCUGGCGGCAGGUCAUGGCAACACGGAGCUGCCCCACACGCCAGACUCGCCCUCGCUGGUAACGGUCAGCACUUGGUACACGGUGGCCAAGCAGGGCGUCUCCUGCUAAUAGGCAUUUACAUAUUUCUAGUUGUUGACUGCAGUCAGUGAGUACCUUUGAUAUCAGCAUUACUAUUUCCGAGACUUGGGUCUCCCCAAAUGCAUGCAACAACAACAACAACAACAACAACAACAACAACGGCAACUCCCCUCUUUAUGCUCUACUAUAUGGAAAUUCCUGAGCGCAAAGAGAGUUUUUUUUAGGUUGAAAUUGCAACUGCAAGUGUUUAAAUUUAUAAGAUUUGCAUACAAUGUACUUACUUAUACAUUUGAUGUGGUUAUAUAUAUAUAUAUAGAUAUGUGCUGUUUUUUCCCCUCUACUUAGAC